AUGAAUGUCAAAAAGCUCAAGACCCUGACGGCGGACAACAAGGAGCUGAGGAAGCAAGUCAAGGCCCUCCGCAAGGAGAUCGGCCUCGAGUGCAGCACCAGGUUCCACGGCAAGACCACCAAGGACGUCGUCAACGACCCGCACGAGAAGGAGCGGGCGUGCGACGUCCUGAUAGAGAAGGCGGCCGAGCUGAGCCUGACCGUGGACGAAUUGACGUCCGAGCUGGCAAACGCCGUCACGUCCAAGACGCUGCUGGAGGAGUGGGUUGCCUCUCUGCAGCAGAACCGCAAGGACAUGACCAAUAACCAGCGGCGUCUGCUCAAGCUGUGGGAGGACAAGAGGCUCCAGCGGGAGCAGCAGGCCCUGCCCGCCAUCCCGCAAAAACUUUUCACCCAGAAGGCUGUUCAGACGGAUAUGUCCAUCAGUGCCUCCCAAAAGCUUCCGGUCGAUGCCUUCGAGACCAAGACUGGCGACGCAAAGACCGCAUUGGAUAGACCGAGCUUUGCCACUUAUCAUAACGACAACAAGUCUUUAAUGCUUGAUGAAAGUACAACUAAUUCAUAAAUAGUGGGGAUGCUUGAUACUACUUUUUUCAGACUGAUCAGUACGAAUAUUCACUUGAGUACUCGCCCAUACCCAGUACUGGUAUGAUUACUUGUCAACUAAUCCAUUUUUAAAUUAAUGGAGAACUAUUUUGAUAAUGAAUCAUUAGGCAGCAUUGCUGAACUUUAAAUUGUCCAAAUCCUCUUCAUUUCAGCCUCUCAACAGUAAAUAUUUUCAGAUUUCUGUAGUGAAAGCAGACUGCAUCAUUUUCUUUGCGGUUAAUAAAAAACAAAAAUGCAAACAUCUGCUUUUACUUUGAAAAACAAAGAUCCACUUUUUGGUCUAUUUUCUGACAUGUUACAGACCAAAUCGGGAACUAGAUCAAAAUCAAUUUAUGAUUGUUCAUUUUCUGCACUGACUUCUGUUUGAAUAAAGCGGUGGAAAUGAAAAAUUCAUCAAAAUAAUAAACAGAAUAAUCAAUAUGAAAACAAUUGUUAGCUGCCGCACUACUUGUGAUACAUAACAUUUCUAUUAACACAAUGACAGGCAAUUGAACAAAGACCGUGUCUAUAAACCACCAGCUUCUGUGGAGGGAUUAACCACUGAUUCAUGAAUAAAGCAUCUCCCAUUGUCUAGAAAUGUAGUAAAUUGCCUUAUGAUUUAAACAGCAGUUUUUAUUUGUGUAUGCUUUUCGCGAUGCCUUGUGUAAAAAGUUAGUGAAAUAUCACAAAUGUACCGUUACUUGUAAAAACUAUAAAACAC